CCCUGGGCGCCAUUUCGUGCCGCUGCUCUCGAGGAGGCGCACGUCGGUCACCCGCGCUCCUGCGACGGAGUCUCGGCUUCGAGACUCAUCUGAGGAAAGAGGGAGCGAUACCUCUGCAGACCAAAAACCAACGCAGUAACUAACGUUCCUGACUCUUUCACCAGUUACCAUGAGUUUGAAGAAGCGCCGGAUCAACUCAUCCGAUGCCAAGGGAAAUAAGAAAAUGGAUGACUAUGUCUACAAGGUUGGCAAAACCCAGCAGAAUGAUCCCAGUCUUCCACAAACAUCCUCUGAAAAAUGUCCAGAAGACAAAACUAACCUCCAGGCUGAAGGUCCCACCACUAGGACAGUGAAGGUGACUUUGGCGAGCUUUGGAGACCACAGGGCAUAUGAGGUUGGCAAAACCCAGCAGAAUGAUCCCAGUCUUCCACAAACAUCCUCUGAAAAAUGUCCAGAAGACAAAACUAACCUCCAGGCUGAAGGUCCCACCACUAGGACACUGAAGGUGUCUUUGGCGAACUGUGGAGACGGCAGGGCACGUGAGGUCAGAGGCAGUUUCAGAGCUAGCUUGUAUGAGGUGCUCAUCAAUGAGAGUGAGGAUUUAAAAAAAAAGAUUGAUUCCCAUAAAGGCAAAGAGAUUCUGAUACAAGGCAUAAAAGGCAUUGAUGCGGCCAUCAACCCAGGGAUGCCCCUGAGUUGUUUGCCUGAAAACUGCCAUGUGGAAAUUACAUUUGUCAAAAGUAAAAGUAAGCAUAAGAAAGAGAAUCAGAUAUUUGGCCGAUUUGACCACGGGUCAGGCGAGUGUGUCAAGUUUUAUAUUCAUGCCAUCGGGAAGGAGAGAAAAAAGAUCGUGAAAUUCCCCGGACUUCACAGAAAGGGUGGCAAACUCUGCAUCUACUCUUUCAAAGGAGAAACCAUCAGGCAGGCCUUGUGCAAGGAUGGCAGAUUGCUUCCUUUUCUGAAGGAUCAUGGCUGGAAACUCAUUGAAAAUGCCGACACCAUUUUAGAAAGCACACAGCUGGUGGAUGACAUAGAGGAAAGGGUCUUUGAGGUGGAGUUUGAGAAAAGGCUCACGAGGGCUAACACGACUGAGAACGCUGAGCCACAGAACAGGAACACCACUCUAUUGAAUGAAGCACUUGUGGAGCAGUACCCCAUUUUGAGAACGGAAAGUCAGAAAAUGAUAGCUUAUUUAAGGAAAGAUGAGGAAAACUCAAAGGCUUUUUACGAAGUUUGUAAAACAAAUUUUGGGAAAGAGAGAAAGAGCUUUACUACGGGCGCAGUCAUAAAGCUUGUUCAUCCUCUCCUUGACUCAGUUGGGUUCAUGGAAUGGGACAACAACGGGAGAAGAGGUCAUGCCUCCUGUUUUGUUUUCAAAUGGCCGUACAUUUUCACUUCCCAGCAUGUAUUGCGUAUGCUUGUGGGAGAAGGAAUAGAGGUCCGUGACUGGAACAGCAUAAUUAGUCGAAGUGCAAAGGUGACUUUCAAUUAUUACGAGACCACAAUUCAAAAAAAUGACUGGUUUUCCAUUGAUCCAUCAUUUUUGAAAUCUGAUGCAACUCUUGAUUAUGCAGUUCUGAAACUGAAGGAGAAUGCACAAGUCAUUUCUCCAGGAUUAUGUGAUAAAUUUAAUUCUACACCACCUAAUGGGUUGGUAUAUAUCAUCGGCCACCCAGAUGGAAAUGCGAAAGAAAUUGAUCACUGUUUUGUGAUCCCCCUGAGUCAGCGAGAAGAAAAAUGUGAACAACGUGUCAAAAACGGCGGCCCAUUUGUCCACAUGUACACUAGAAAGAGUUUCCAGGGAAUAGUUAACAACCCCAACGUGAUUACCUAUGACACCUUCUUUUACUUUGGUUCUUCUGGCUCCCCAGUAUUUAAUUCAAGUGGUGCGUUGGUAGCCAUUCAUAAUGCUGGCUUUGCUUUUAUAGAUGAAAGAGGGAUGAAUAGUAUCAUUGAGUUUGGCUCAUCUAUGAUAUCCAUCCUCUGUGAUAUUUAUCAUUGUGAAGAUGGACGACAAUGGUUUGAUGAAAUAAAGGUAGAUCUUUCUGAAUACUUACCAAAGGAUGUAGAAAUGGUGAGCGAAGAAGAGGAUUGAGGAUGGCAUUUUUGGAAUAAUAUCAAAUUACACCUUGAACAAUUCAGAGUGAAUUCAUUCCAGUCAGCCUUAAUCAGUGACGUUUUACUAUAACUCCCAUAUUCCAAAUUACAAAUUGGGCACAUCAUUUAAAGACUACUGUGCCACUUAUGGGAGGGAACAGGAAGCAAUUUGGGAGAUACAGUUUGGAUACUAAAAUGAAAUGUCUGAAGCUUUCAGGCAUUUAUGUUACAGAGUAUUUAAUAUUAAUAUUGUCUCAGAAGGUCUAAGAAAGGUAUAUUUAUAAGUUACUAUCAACAUCAUUAUAUUGACAUAGUAAGAAAUUUUCGACAGUGUGUUUUUAUAAAUUAUAAAUCCUCUUAUCCAAAAUACAUAUAUUUUACAACUGUAAUUGAUUACUACUGUCAAGUUACCUAUAUAUUUACUUUCUUUUGCAAAUGAAAUAGGUUCCAUACAAACCUCAUAUCAUUUGGCCUGUUUUCUACUGUAAUACUCUACUAGUUUAACUUGGCAGAUACACGAAGACUUGAUAGAAAAUCAAAGUGGACAUUUAUAGGAACCAGUCUCUUCCCCCUUCCCAUUCAUCUCUCAAAAAAACAAAACAAAACAACAGCCAAUCUAACAUUUGUCACCAGCCCUCUUAUUUGGCCAGGUGCUAUUUCUCCCUGAUACUUGUAGCAACCCCUUACAACAUGACUAAUAGUUUCUGGGUCCAUAUUUACCCAGAUCGCACGAAAGUUUAGUAGUCUUCAUGCUCUAGGUCUCAUGAUUGGAGUAAAAUUAUGAUGGGAAGUAAAAUAAAUAUCAUGAUGGGAAGUAAAAUAACUCAAUAAAAGUUUAUA